GAGAGGAACCAGCCACUGAGGACUAUCUUAGGAACGGCAUGGAGAGCAAAUGGAGUGGCUGGGUGCUGAUCGUUUCUGUGUGCCUGGGCUCCUACCAAGCCGGGGCCAGCCCCCUCCACGAGUGUGGCGAGCGGCCGGAGGACUGGUGUCGUGACGUGACCACGGCGACCAAGUGUGGGGCCCUGGAGCUCUGCCAGCUCACCGUCUGGGACCAGGCCCUGGGGAAGGGGAUCCCAUGUCACCUGUGCCAGGUGGCCGUCUCCGUGAUGGGCAAGAUCCUGCAGGACAACCGCACUGAGGAAAAGCUGAGGCUCUUCUUGGAUAAAAGAUGCCAGUACCUGCCCUUCCAGGACUGGUCUGUCAAGUGCAAGAGGAUGGUGGACACUGGCAUCCUCAUCCUCGCCCAGCUGGGCAAGCAAGUGCUGUCGGACCCGAAGGUGGUGUGUGGGACCAUCAGGCUGUGCCAGCCCCGGGAGAGACCCACGGGGGCCCUGAAGUUUCAGAAGCCACCACCAGCUCCCACAGGGCCCACUCAGGAUUUCGCUGACCUGGUCGCCCCCUUCAUGGCCAACGUGCCCCUCCUGCUCUAUCCCCAGGACCUACCUCGUGGGGAGGCCCAGGACAUGGAAGAGGUGUGUGGGGACUGCCUGCAGCUAGUGGCGGCCGUGCAGCUGCAGCUGGGGGCCAACACUGCCUUCACCCAGGCACUGGUGGCCCAUGCUGAGUGGGUGUGUGAGGGCCUGAGCCCUGCUCUGGCACAGCAGUGCAAGCUCUACCUGGCUGAGUACGUGGGCACGGCCGCGCAGCUCCUGCGGUACCUGCGGGCUGAGGACCCGAUGGAGCUGUGUGGCCAACUGGGACUCUGUUCCUCCACCUCGGCACUGCCCCUCCACAAGCUGUUCACGGAGAAGGUGACGCAGGUUCUGAGCAUGCUGGGCGACAGGGUGGGGAACACUCCGCUGUGUGAGGUGUGCCAGUUCACCGUGAGGACAGCCGAGAGCCUCCUGGAGAACAACGUGACUGAGGAGCAACUGGUGAAUGACAUUGAAAAGGUGUGCUACAUGCUGCCCCACGGCGUCAUCGGGCAGUGCAAGGACUUCGUCAACUCCUACGGCAAAGCCGUGAUGAUCAUGCUGCUGGAGGCCACCAACCCGGCCGCUGUGUGCACCAUGCUGCACUGCUGCCCCCGCGGCGGGGACACCCUUCCGGGGGCUGCCCCGCUGGAGCAGCUGGCGGUGAGCGCGGGCGCCUUCUGCAACGUCUGCCAGAUCGUCAUCACCUACUUCGACAACGAGCUGCUGAAGAACGAGACGCUGGAGGAGCUGGGCAACGUGCUGGAGAAGGGCUGUGAGAUGCUGCCCAUGCCCCUCACCAGCAAGUGUGAAGCGCUCAUUCUGCAGUACGAGCCUGCGGCCGUGCGGCUCUUCGUGCAGAUGAUGGACCCCACCUUUGUCUGCACUAAAAUCCGAGCCUGCGACUCACGCAAGGAGGAUCUCCUGGGCUCAGACCCCUGUGCCUGGGGCCCGCACUACUGGUGCAAGAACAUGGCCACGGCAGUCGAGUGCAAUGCCGUCGCACACUGCCAGCGUCACAUAUGGAACUAGGAGCCAUCUCCCCAGCUGGCUGGACUAGCUCUGCCGUUUGGUUCAGGAUCCUGGCUCCUCUCCCCUGGGACGUGCCUGCACCCAUGGAGGGCAAUGGCAGGAGGGCUGUGGGGAACCCCAGCUGCCUCUGCCACUUCCUUUUCCACCCCUGGGGCUUGGAUUUCCAAAUCAGGUUAAGGGACUCGUAUUUUCAGGACUGGGGAUUCAGCCUUGACGUCUCUCAGGGUGUAAAAAUCCCCAUCCCCAACCCCAUCCCCAUCCCCACCUCUAUCCCCAGCCCCAUCCCACCCUGAACCACUCGUAAGGCCCAGAUCCUGCAACGUGGAGCCAUUCCUGUGGGCUGCGUUGGGUUCUGCUGCCCAAACGCAGGCCCCCCGCUCCAGGCCAGCAGGAGCUUCAUGCCAUAGAUCUGGGGAUACUUAAUAUAUAAACAUAUUGUAUAUAUCAUAUAUACUAAGUAUCUCCUGAACAUGAAAUGAGUAAGUUUGGGUGCAAAGAUUUCCUUCCAAGCACCCAUUUCCGUGGGGGGUUCUGUGCUGGCCCAGCUGUGGUGGUGAGGGGCAGCAGGGUGCUGGCUCAUCCCUCCCCACUGUAGUGGGGGCACGCCUGCAGUGCCUGGUCCUGAGCAUGCA